UUCAGACAUCACUAUAAAUCAUAGACAAGUUAAUGACGCUGAAACUUCAGCUCAUUUCACCUUAGAAGCUGAUUAUGAAAGAAAUGAAAACGCUAACUGUGAUAAGUCAUGUAAUCAAGUUCAUACCAUUUCUAAUCGUAGUACAACCAUCACAGAUGAGAACCACCAGACCAACAAGAAAACUUAUGAAAACCCAUCAGUAUUUAGACAAGGUAUUUUAAACUUGAUUCAGGCUAGUACUUUGCAGCAAUCCCUUAUACAAAGUAACAAUAAUAAUGGUACAAACUCUAUUCUAGACUCAACAGCUCAGAGGAAGGAAAGUACUCCUGGUGGACUGAUUGAGAUUAAGAAUGAUGUUUGUGUUACUGAGUGUGACAUAAAAGAAAAUUGUGACAGCUUUUUUUGUGAAUCAAAACUUUUAACUGAGAGUGAAUUGUCAGGAAAUAUAUAUGCUGAGAA